GAUGAGCUGGGCCCUUUAGUGGUUGACGUGGGGCUUGCGGCGUGGCAGGACAAAAAGCGCUUAAAGGUGCACCAAUCCCCCUGGGAAUAAGACCCAGGACGUAGCUCGGCUUGGUUCCCUCCGGAGGGCUUCAAACCUACGGGACACUCUUAGACCUGCCCCAGAGAAACUGAAGCUGGUGCGUGCGCACGCUCCCGGGAACCGGCCGGUGAACGAGAGCGUGCGCACGCGCGGUCUUGUCGCCUCCCAGCAUUCCGGGUGCUGGCGGGACGUGUGACGUCAGGCCGUUUAAUCCGGAAACGGCGUCGGCAGAGGAGACAGAACCGAGGGGCUGUCUGUUGGUGGGCGCUCCCGGGAUCCGAGCAAGAGGAGCGUGACCCGGAAGCGGAAGCGAAUCACCGUCCCAGCUCCGCCCCACAGCUGAUUCACACUUGUCCCAGGCCCACUGGCGGGCUCCUGCCGCCAUGGACCUGUUGUUUGGGCGCCGUAAGACACCAGAGGAGCUGCUGCGGCAGAAUCAGCGGGCCCUGAACCGUGCCAUGCGAGAGCUGGACCGUGAGCGACAGAAGCUGGAGACCCAGGAGAAGAAAAUCAUUGCAGACAUCAAGAAGAUGGCCAAGCAGGGCCAGAUGGAUGCCGUGCGCAUCAUGGCAAAGGACCUGGUGCGCACAAGGAGGUAUGUGCGCAAGUUUGUGUUGAUGCGGGCCAACAUCCAGGCUGUGUCCCUCAAGAUCCAGACACUCAAGUCUAACAACUCAAUGGCGCAAGCUAUGAAGGGCGUCACCAAGGCCAUGGGCACCAUGAACAGACAGCUGAAGUUGCCCCAGAUCCAGAAGAUCAUGAUGGAGUUUGAGCGGCAGGCUGAGAUCAUGGACAUGAAGGAGGAGAUGAUGAACGAUGCCAUUGAUGAUGCCAUGGGUGAUGAGGACGAUGAAGAGGAGAGUGAUGCUGUUGUGUCUCAGGUCCUAGAUGAGCUGGGACUGAGCCUGACAGAUGAGCUGUCAAACCUUCCCUCCACCGGAGGCUCACUCAGUGUGGCUGCUGGUGGGAAGAAAGCGGAAGCUGCAGCCUCUGCCCUGGUCGAUGCUGAUGCAGACCUGGAGGAGCGGCUCAAGAACCUGCGGAGGGACUGAGCACCCCAUGGGCCGGUGAUGCCCAACAUUUUCACUGUACUUUCUGUAAUAAAAGACUGAACACUA